AUGCAUAAUGUAGUAGAAGGACAAGAGAAAUACUGGAGAGAGAAUGAAGAGCCCUUUGUCAUGGUGUCCGAGAACGUUCUAGGAAAACCAAAGAAGUAUCAAGGCUUCUCAAUAGAUGUCCUGGAAGCUUUGGCCAAUUACCUUGGCUUUAAGUAUGAAAUUUAUGUUGCUCCAGAUCACAAGUAUGGGAGUCCUCAGGAUGAUGGGUCAUGGAAUGGACUAAUAGGAGAACUAGUAUUUAAGAGAGCUGACAUAGGGAUCUCUGCCUUAACCAUCACCCCUGACAGAGAAAAUGUGGUAGACUUCACAACACGUUAUAUGGACUACUCGGUGGGCGUGCUACUUCGGAAGGCAGAGAAGACGGUGGACAUGUUUGCCUGCUUGGCACCAUUUGACCUCUCCCUGUGGGCGUGCAUAGCUGGUACCGUGCUGCUAGUAGGGCUGUUGGUCUACCUCUUGAAUUGGCUCAACCCUCCUCGCCUUCAGAUGGGAUCUAUGACCUCCACAACACUCUACAACUCCAUGUGGUUCGUGUAUGGAUCCUUUGUGCAACAAGGAGGAGAAGUCCCUUAUACAACCCUGGCAACACGACUGAUGAUGGGGGCUUGGUGGCUUUUUGCUUUGAUUGUCAUCUCCUCCUACACAGCAAACCUAGCUGCUUUCCUCACCAUCACGCGCAUUGAGAACUCUAUCCAGUCUCUCCAGGAUCUCUCAAGGCAGACAGAUAUUCCUUACGGCACUGUCUUGGACUCUGCAGUCUAUGAACAUGUUCGAGUGAAAGGGAUGAAUCCUUUUGAGAGGGACAGCAUGUAUUCCCAAAUGUGGCGGAUGAUUAACAGAAGUAACGGUUCGGAGAACAACGUCUUGGAGUCAACUGCAGGCAUUCAAAAGGUGAAACAUGGGAACUAUGCCUUUGUAUGGGAUGCAGCAGUGCUGGAAUAUGUGGCUAUCAAUGAUGGAGACUGCUCUUUUUACACGGUCGGGAACACUGUUGCAGACAGAGGAUAUGGAAUUGCACUGCAGCAUGGCAGCCCCUACCGAGAUGUCUUCUCUCAAAGCUUCCGUGUCCUUGUGUUGGUGGCUCCAGAACUGGAUGCACUAUUAGGAGAUAUGUGA